UUAUUAAACUCAACUCAAUCAGAUGCACGGCAUAUCGGCUAUAUAUAGGCCAUAUAAAAAACAGAAUCGCGUUAAUAUAUCUCAUAUGAGUUGUGCCGCAAACUCGAUUAGGAGGUGACAGUGACACUGACGGACAUUUGUAACUUUUCUACGAUGAUGCAGCGAACACACAUAAUUGGCUUACCCAUAUUCUGGUUUUGUUUCGUCCUGGGCUAUGUUGAGGGCCUUGCAUUUUAUACGGAAAAGCCCUCAUACAUCGAAUCGUGUCGCAUUCAGGAGCCUGACUUUACCAAUUGCUCAACUCGUUCUAUACAGGGUUUCCUCAAUGAGGUCAUCAAAGGAAUACCCGAAAUUGAGGAGUCUUUUGGUCCCAUAGACCCUAUGAAACAAGAUCAGCUCACUUUUACACAAGCGGACAGAGAUGUGGCAAUCAUCUCCACCAAUUUAACCAACUUGGAAAUACGCGGAUUUGGAAAAAUGGUGGUCAAGGAAAGCAGGGUUAAUAAAACAGACUUCAGUUGGAUGGAUAGAAUUUAUAUACCUCGCAUGCGCAUGGAUGGUAAUUACAAAAUGAUUGGUCACAUUUUGCUCGUACCUUUGAGAGGAUCUGGCCGCAUGUUUAUGGAAUUGGAUGAUCUCGAGAUACAAAUGACAGCGAAGACGCGACUCUACGAGAAAGGCGGCUACACGUUCUAUAAUGUCACGGAGGCGAAAGCGAAGCUGGAAAUAAGUCGAUUGAAAGUGAACUUCGAAAAUCUUUUCAAUGGCAGUAAUAAGCAACUGGAGCGUGAUACGAAUCAGUUCUUCAAUGACCAUUGGCAGGAGUUUUUUGAAGCAAUGCGUCCACUUAUUGUCGAGACUGUGGAGCGCACUUUGCUGGAUCUGCUGAAAAAGAUGUUCAAUGUGAUGCCAGCCAACUUUUUUGUGGAAGACAUACCAACUUCUUUGCUGCUAUAUGGUCGCAAAACACGUCUGAUAGCGUAG